AGCUCUAGGGCGACCCCUACGCCGAAGACAGACGGAACCUGGCAUCAACGGUGCAGCAGCUCCUGCAAUGACUAUUCAAGAAAGCUUAGCUCGUUUAUCGGACCAAAUGAAGCGUAUGGAAGAGAGACUGCAAUACAUCGAGUCAACUGGCAGUAGUCGUUAUCGAACUCGCUACGAAGACGAUGAGGACGAUGGAGAGAGUGCAGAAGAAGCAGCUCCGUUAUCAACUCGAAGUCCACCGCCUCAGUCUGAGCCUGGACAGACCGGGUCCAAUGGAAUCGACAUCGUCAGGAACGAUGUCUCUACCACGGCCAAGACUGGCGGCGCCGAAUACAGGUUGACCACGGAUGAGUCGGGGAAUAUCACCUAUCACGGAGUUACAGCCCUCAAUUCCGGACCAGACGUGAUGGUUUCGCCUACGCUUCUCGCUACUCAAGGAGGCGGACCAGCUGUACCUAUCCCUUCGCUUGCCGAGUCCGUCUCUCAAAAUCAAGCCCUUGCUCCUAUCUUCCAAGCAUUGGCCGCCUCGAAGCACAUUUCAGUGGCUCCUGAAUUGGGCGACGCCUUGUUAUCCGCUUUUCAUUGCUAUGAAGUCUUUGAGAUCACUGAACACGCAGCGUUCCUCCGGGACAUGGUCCUUGGCGGCCCAUGCUAUUCCGAGCUUCUCCUCAUGGUUCUCUACGCCAGCGCGUCACGCAUGAUCGACGGAUUGACGGAAGAGCAGAAGUUGGCUCAGGGAGAUCUAUUCGUAAAGCUUGCAAAGGCCUAUCUGUGGAAGGAAAUGGAGGGCCCGACGAGGAUCACCACGAUUCAAAGCCUCUUGCUAUUGUCGGCGAGGGAGUGCGCUCUCGGGGAAGUCAGUCAAGGUUGGAAUCACGCUGGUCUGGCAUUCCGAAUGAUACAGGAUCUAGGUAUUCAUCAUGAUCCUGAAUCUGUGUCUGGGGUCUCGAACCUCUCGUUAGAGGAACAAGCAACGCGCGAUAGACUUUUCUGGGCUGCUUUCGUCUGGGAUAAGGCUCUGUCAAUGGCUCUGGGACGAGAGCCAACACUCCCACCAAGACCAGGCGGGGACCCUUCCGUUAUCCCUGAUUUCACGAACGACGAUGAGCCAUGGACGCCAUUUUUUGUACACCCCUUGAACUGCCCUGCCUCUCUUCAAGGAUACGUGUAUCCGCAAGCAAGUCGCAGUACAGUUUUUCGACUGCUCUCACGCUUAGCAGUAAUCGCUCACGACAUCAUGAUGAGCUUGUACGGCACGAAGAGUCGUGACAAUGUACCUCAUGUCCGUAUGGCGUUCGUCAACAAGACACAGAAACGUCUAAACGAAUUAUGGAGCGAUAUUCCUGCUCAUCUUGACCCAUGGCCAGAAGGACCUUCCCCACCUCCGCACGUCUUUCUCCUCUUGUGAGUUGUGAUGAAUACUCUCGCCUCCACUCAACCUGAUGCCGCACAGAAUGUUCUUCGAAGCAUCUUACAUUCUCCUUCAUAGGCCCAUCGUCAGUCCACACGACAUCGCAACUGCUUCCGGGCCCGCCGCCGUAUGUCUCCAGCACAGUAGUGAGGCUACAAACCUGGCGGUCAGAUUCACUCGUACAUUUGGCGAGUAUCUGAGGUAUCUACCGAGAUACUGCUGGUUCGUAGCUGCGAGCUUUGACAUUGUCAUGCUUGAUAGUAAGAUCCAGUCUGUUCAGCGACUCGCUUUGGAUCGAUUGAGCUUGUGGUUAAAUACCAUGACCAACAAUUUACUCCGCGCACCCAGCAUGAGGCGGUCUGUCCAACAUAUCAGUAGUCGAAUCUACGAGGUCCUCGCGAGGAAUCCGUAUCUCGCUCAAUCUCC